GAAGAGUUUACCACGCGGUAACGUACGAUCUACUCUCCCUAGUAUUGGUUCCGUGUACCGGUUUGUUCAGUUCGAUGAAUUAUUGUCGUUACGUUUCGCUGGUUUGAGGACACUUGUAUUGACUGAGGAUUAAAGAUGCAGUCAAAUAAAUUACUGGCUAAAUUCCUUUGUCCACAUAUAACCACUUGCUUGUCUACUCGAGUUCCAGCAUCUUUUGUCCUUCCAACGAUUGGAAACUAUUUUCAAAGUUCUCAAAAGGAUUACUUACAAGAAUCAAGAGGUUUCAAAUAUAGCUCUGAAUCUCAAAAACACGUUAUUUUGAAGAAGCAAUGUGGAUCCUUAUCAAGAAUACCAAAUGAAAACAAUCGUCAUUUCUCAUUUUCUACACAGAAGAUAGUCACUGCUGCACCUCAACAUAUCCAACCAUAUUUAAGACUCAUACGCUUAGAUAAACCAAUUGGAACAUGGCUAUUAUACUGGCCUUGCACUUGGAGUAUAGCUAUGGCUGCUACACCUGGUCAUCUUCCAGACUUGAAAAUGUUGACGUUAUUUGGAGUUGGGGCAUUAAUAAUGCGUGGAAGUGGUUGCAUUAUCAAUGACAUGUGGGAUAGAGACUUUGAUAAGAAAGUAACACGAACUGUGACACGACCUAUAGCUGCUGGAGAAAUAAGUCGUUUUGAAGCCCUUGUAUUUCUUGGUUCUCAGUUAACACUAGGUCUGGCCAUACUUCUUCAACUAAACUGGUACAGUGUUAUUCUGGGAACAACCUCAAUGCUGUUCGUAACAACAUAUCCACUAGCUAAACGUUUUACCUAUUGGCCACAGAUUGUACUGGGAAUAACAUUCAACUAUGGUGCUCUGUUAGGUUGGUCAGCAGUGAGAGGUUCAUGUGACUGGCCAGUUGUUCUCCCUUUGUAUUUAAGCUGUGUUACUUGGACUCUUAUAUAUGAUACUAUUUAUGCUCACCAGGACAAAUCCGAUGAUAUGAAGAUUGGAGUGAAAUCAACAGCAUUAAAAUUUGGUGACCAAACCAAGCAAUGGUUAGCAGGCUCAAGUGUGUUUAUGUUUGGUAACCUGGCUUUAUCAGGUUAUAUGUGUGAUCAGAUAUGGCCUUAUUAUACAGCACUUACCUUCACUAUGCUGCAUGUGGCAAACCAAAUUUAUUCUGUAGAUUUGAAUAACCCAGCAGACUGUGCUAAGAAAUUCUUGUCAAAUGCAAAACUUGGAGCUGUGAUGUUCUUUGGAAUAACUCUUAGCAAUCUUCUUAGAACAGUUUCAUAACCAGCAAUUUCAGGGGAGGGGCUAAGUAAGUUACAUUGACUCCGGUGAUCAACUAGUAUUUAUUUUACCAACCCUGAAAAGAUGAAAGGCAAAGUCGACCUCAGUGGAAUUUGAACUCAGAGUGUGAAAAUAGACGAAAUGCCUCUAAGCAUUUCGCUGAGAGUGCUAACGAUUCUGCCAGCUUGACACCUUAAAUUUCCUUGUAAUAUCACUCAAUGAGGACUAUGAAAUUCUGGUGGGAAGAAGACCCUAUAAUCAGACUGCAGUUCAAAUUUUGUGUUCUUGUAUUCAAAACUGACUGGAAACGGUUAGCCAAUUCAACAUAAUUCAACUUCAAAAACGUUUUUUUACAUAAAUAUUAUGUGCUAAAUGCUAAACUCUUAAAAGUUGAUCUAGGUUUCCCAUUUGUACUAGUCUUUUGAUCUGGCAGAAGUUCUUCAAUAAUGCAAUCAGAAGGAUUUUGAAAAAAAAUUUUUAAUGCCUUCACAUUUUCAAUGAGAUAUGAAAAACACUGUUGAAACUAUAGAUAGGCAAGUGAAUAUGUUGAUAUUUUUAAAUUGUGGCACCAGCCAGUUUACUUGCUUUCUGCAACAGAUAAGUAAACUCUUUUACUGUCAUUUCCUCAUUUAUUAACAACAUAUGAGACACUGUUGCUCUAUUCAUUUAGGAACAUGAAAAUAUGUAAAAUCUCCCACCUAGGGAAAAUUUUUCCUAUAUUAAUAUAAAACACUACUUCAUUUAAAGCCACUGCACAUAACCUUUUGCUCCAUUUUCAAUACUAUAUUUUUUUGCUUACCACAGACAUACAGAAAACAAAGAACUUACAUGCAACAUCACAUAUCCAAUGAAUUUGCCGAGCCAUGGGUCAGAGUUCAUGGUUUGCUGACCCAUGAAUUAUUAGAAAAGGAAAUUACACACUUAGAAAUGCACAAAAGAAACUUACUUAAUA